AUGUCGAUUACUCUUGAUGACAUCUCGGCAUUACUUCACUUGCCCGUGAUGGGACAAAUGUGUGAUUUGCAGGAGUUGGAGUUUGAGGAGGCUCGUACAGCCCUUCUGCAGUUGCUCGGCGUUGAUGGUGGCACAACAGGUGCUGAGAUGGAGGACGCACGUGGUCCGAAAGUCAGACUCAGCUGGCUUAGAGAGAUAUAUGUUCAGAGAGACGUACACGCGUGUGACAGAUAUGCCUGGGGUGUUGCUACACUCGCCCAUUUAUACGAGCAGCUCGGGGAUGCGAGUCUCGCCUCCACGAAGCAGAUGGCCGAAUAUUUGACUCUAUUUCAGAUUGGUGACACCCUUUGUCGUCAUUUGCCUGAGCGUGUGUUGAGGCAAUUUGGGUUUCAGCAAGACAUUCCACGAUCACCAACUACGAUUCCAGAUGUAGAUAUAGUGGCCAUUGAUCAUGUUUGGUUGCACUUUAGAGCUCACGUUGUAAGUAAUGUCAGACAUGCAGCAUCCCCUUCUGACUGUGUCGAUGGGUACAUUCAGUGGUUCAGGAGGGUCUGA